AUGGUCCGAGAAAGCUCGGGAUGUGGAAGCGAUUCGCAACAUGGCUAUUCCGAUCAAACCCGGACCCAAAUCCACCAUCAUAAAGAGGCUCGCUCGCUCUGGUCAUCCGGGACUCACAUGACGCGAUUUCCAGAGCAGAAGCUGGCCUGGUCGCUUGGCACUUGGCACUUGGAAUUUCCCAACGACGACGACCGUGACAACAUCAACAUCAACUUCAACUUCAACAUCCCGACUUCGUAUAUACUAAACGGAACGACGUGGGUAACAUCUGAUCUCAGCUACGGCUACGGCUACAGUCACCGCGAUCGCGACACAGAAUCCUUCGAUAUCGAUGCAGCCGCAGAUCGUCAUGACGAUCAGCUGCGGCGCAACUGGACCUUUCAUGGGUGCUCAACCGUGUGCAUGCAGCUUGCCGCCCUUCCUCGUCAAUACCCACUUGGGUCUUUCACAACCUCCCGAGUCCCUAAGAUGAGAAUCACAACUUUAACCGGCCUCCUCGGAGCUGGUACAUUCGUGUUCGCAUUCGUAGCUGCGAUACCGGCACAAGUCGAAAGACGCAGUCCGGAUCAUAUGGUCGGCUCGAGAGAUAUCACCGUCAUCUACAAGAACGCCAAACUGAUUACUCCUAAAGUAUUCAUUAUCUCUAUGUUCUCCCCGGAAGCAGAUAUCUGGUACACCAACGCCAACACGGCCGGCUCUAUUGGCGACCUUCUUGCAGUCAACGUCACCGUUCCCGGCCUGUCUCCUCUAUUCGCCGACGUACAUUGUCUGGCAGAUGGGUCCGUCUGCCAAAUCACCACCGGCGAGUCGGAGAUCAACGCUGCGGCCACAAUCACCGCCCUCAUGCUCACUCCUCUCUUCAACCUCAAGAAGACGUACUUCCUAGUCGGUGGCAUUGCGGGUAUCAACCCCAGACACGGCACCAUCUGCGAUGUUGCGUUUUCCAAGUACACUGUCCAGGUGGCUCUGCAAUACGAGUUCGACGCGCGCGAGAUCCCCUCCAACUACAGCACGGGCUACAUUCCCCAAGGCUCUUUUGCCCCAGACCAGUACCCUCUCAGCAUCUACGGCACCGAAGUCUUCGAAGUCAACGAAGCCCUGCGUGACGUCGCCGCCCAAUUCGCCCGCACGGCCAAGCUCGACGACAGUAGCGAUGCCAUCAUCUACCGCAAAAACUUCGCGAGACCUGCUCCCUCCAAUGCUACCCUUUACGCUGCGGCCACCAGGGCCCCGGGCAUCAUCAAGUGCGACACUGCAACAUCCGACGUCUACUACUCCGGCACCCUCCUCGGCGAGGCCUUCGAAAACACCACGUCGCUGUUUACGAACGGCAGCGCCACCUACUGCAUGACCGCCCAAGAGGACAACGCCACCCUCGAAGCCAUGAUCCGCGCCGCUGUGCAUAAGACCAUCGACUUCUCGCGCAUAAUCAUCAUGCGUACGGCUGCGAACUUCGACCGCCCGUACCCCGGCCAAUCCGUCGAGGGCAACCUGUUCUAUUCGCGGCAAGGCGCUUUCGAACCUGCCGUGCAGAACAUCUAUCUUGCUGGUACGCCCGUCAUCAAGGGGAUCUUGAGCGGGUGGCGAACAACGUUUGAGAAGGGCGUCAAGCCGAAGAACUACAUCGGCGACAUUUUUGGCACCUUGGGUGGCGUGCCGGAUUUCGGCCCGGGAAGCGCGUUCGAUCCGAAGGUCGGUCAGCCGGCGAAGAGGCAGGAUGAUUUCCCUGUGCGCAGUAGGGUAGAGAUGUAUAAGAAGCGGGUGACGAUGAAGGGCCAGCUCGGGGCAGAGGUGGCGCGGAAAGCGAAUGGUGCGGCGUGA